GUGACUGACUGGCCAGGGGAGGGGGAGGCGGGCUGGAGCCCACUGAGGAGAGUGCCAGCUACAUAAGGGCCAGCCCAGCCCAGCCCGGAGCUCUCUGGGAGGUGCCAGGUGCCAGGAUGAAGGCUGCUGCUCUGCUGGUGGUACUGCUGUGCUCAGGUGGAGCCUGGGCCAUAAGAUGCCACAACUGCACGAACGAUAACGGGAACACCUGCUCAGGACCUGUAGACUGCCCCAGCUACGCGAACGCCUGCGCUUCACAAGUGCAGAAUAUCAAACUGCCAGACCAGACGGUAGCCCUGGCAGCCAAGACCUGUGUGCAAUCGUGCGAGACCCUCAAUCCCAUGCCAUCCCGUGCUUCAUCCAGAGCUUCAGUCAGCGAUCUACAUGUCCUCCAUCUACUGUUGCAGCACCAACCUGUGUAACCGAGCUGGGGGCCAAGGGCCAGGGGCCACCACCGUGGGCCUGAUGCUUGUGGCCAGUGUCCUUGUCACCCUCUUAGGGGCCUCCCUGUGACCCAGAGGUGCGGGACAUGAGUGAGGCAGCACAACCCAGGACACCCAGACCCCUAAGCCCCUGUCCCCAUCAGGCCGUCUGUGAGCUCGUAAAUUGAGGACAGAGUACAGAGAAGGUGGAGGGCCUGGUGGGGUGGUCACAGAGGACCACGCCCAUUUGCCCCAGAUCUUCAAGGCCAACAGAGGCACCCCACCCCAGCACACCGACGCAGAGAACCUCCUGGAGUCUUUGGCUUUUUCUGGGUAUCCUGCCCGGGGCCUUCAGCCAUCGGUGCCAGACCUACCACGGUCCUCGGGGAGCUGCUCCCCCAGCUGUGCAGAGACUUUCCGUCCCCCUGGGUGGAGUGUGAACCCAAGGCCUGUCUUCCAGCCCAGAGCCACUGGCCAGGCUGGGGCUCCACCCGCAGCGUCCCCUUCCUGCGGCACUGCUUAUCCCUGUCCGACCCCUGCCCACACCCCCCGCUUCCCCAGGAGUAGCUCUGGAAUAAAGUUCAUGCAUGUCA